UACCGUGACGACAGUACAAGCAGUACACUUAUUUGUUGAACUAUAUGUGUUUUGAGUGAUCACAAUGAAAUGAUUCCUUCUCUCUGACUUCUGGAUAAUACCUAACCAUGCCUUGACAUGUAAAAUGUUCAGUUACAAAACACUGUAAAGGAGUUAUCUUAUUGGAAUAAGCUGUGCUGAUUCUAUAAAUAAUUCAUCAAAUGUUCAGUUACAUUAAACUAUAAAGGAGAUAUCUUAUUCAAUAUUGAAAUGGGCUGUGCUGCUUCCGUAAACCCUUCACCAAGGGAAGAGACAGCUAACCAUAAAAGCGAGAGUGUACAUAAAAGAUCAGUGUCGAAAUCUCAUUACAGAGACCCUCAGAAAAAUGGAACUCCUGUUAUGCCAACACCCCAUAAAUUAUCUAAAUCUGCAAGUGUAUUUACGAGUCAACAAGAAAACACAACUCAAAAGCUCUCAACCAAUUCUUGCAAAAAGAAUCAACUACCAACUUCUAAGAAAGUGGAUGAAUCGGACAAAACAGGAAAGAAAGAGGAAUCCGUGGAAUUAAGAAAACCCUCAUAUAAUUUGGACAAGAAGAAUCAAUCAUCAACUGCCAAGAAAGUAGAUGAAUCGUUCAAAAAAGGACAGAAAGGGGAAUCCGAAGAAUUAAGAAAACUCUCAAAAAAUGCAGACGAGAAGAAUCAACCACAAACUGCUAAGAAAAAGGAUGAAUCGGUCAAAAAGGGACAAAAAGAAGAAUCAGAAAAAAUAAAAAAACAGGCUAAUGACAUGAUGGUAAUACCUCAAGACACAAACUCAAAUUUACAGAAUACUGUAACGAAUGAUGCAGUUUACCAGGGGUAUUUAGACAGAGAGUUUAUUUCAACUGACAGGAUUAUUAGGAUUUUUACCAGUAGUACAUUUACAGACACAAAGCAUGAGAGAAAUAGAAUGAUGGAAACAACAUUUCCUCGGCUUAGAGAAUACUGUAAGCAGAGAGGUUUUGAGUUCCAAAUUGUAGAUAUGAGAUGGGGGAUAAGAGAUGAAGCAACCAAUGAUCACAUGACUACGGAAAUAUGUCUACAGGAACUGGCUAACUGCCAGAAAUACUCUGCUGGACCUAAUUUCUUGUCAUUGUUAUCUCAUAAAUAUGGAAAACGUUCACUUCCAAGACAGAUUCCUGCAGACAAGUAUGAGAAAAUUAUCAAAUGCAUAGAAUUGAGCGAUCAAAGACAGCUUUUGUCAAAGUGGUAUGUAAAAGAUGACAACUGUGUUCCACCACUAUAUAUCCUUCAGCCAAUCAGCAGUCAUCUGCCAGAAUUUAUUGUUAAACAAAACAAAGAGAAACAGAAUGCAGCUAAAGAACAAUGGUGGAAAGAGAGUGAUAUGAUGUUUGAUAGCUUAGUAACAGGUGCCGAGAAAGCUUUAACACAAGAGGAGGCAUACACAUUCAAAAUUUCAGUUACUCAUAUCGAGGUCAUGAGAGGAUUAGCAGAUCAAGAACUUGGUAAGAAAUGUAUUUGGCUGAAGCGUAAUAUUACAGAUAUUGAAAAGCAGGAACCUUCAAAAGAACUGUCAAGAUUUACAGAAUGUAAUGGUCCUGUAGAAAAGGUCAAAACAUUGUUAGAGGAUUUAAAAGGAGAUUUGUCAAGGAAAUUACCGUCGGAAAAUAUCCUAUCUUAUAACAUUACAUGGCGGGAAAAGGGACUAAAUCCAGAUUUUAAAGAACACAGCGAUUACCUAGAUAAAAUCACUGAUGAUGCAGAAAAGAAAUUAAAGCAAUUAAUAAAUGACAUGAUUAGAGCCGAAAAGAAGAACAAACAGGAUAAUUUACGUCUUGAGGUCAAACAACAUCUUCUGUUUUGUCAGUCAAAAUGUGCUGAUUUUAAAGGCAAAGAAGACACUUUGAAGGCAGUACACAACUAUAUUAAAAGUGACAAAAGACAUCCUCUUGUUAUUCAUGGAGAAUCCGGUAGUGGCAAAACAUCACUUAUGGCCAUGAUUGCCAAAAAAACUAAUGAAUGGCUUGAUGGGAAGGCAACUGUUGUCAUAAGGUUUCUUGGAACAACUCCAAAAAGUUCAAAUCUUUUUGAUUUGCUAUGUAGUGUGGCAGAACAUAUCAGCGUAGCCAAAAACAUGGAACGUCUAAAUCCAAAGAGUAUGGAAGACGCUUUGUCUAUGUUACAACAGAUUUUGACAGGAACAACAGCAUCCGACCAUAAUAUAGCAGAAAGAACACAUUCUGAACAGGAUAUAACAGGAACAACAAAACCUGCACAAAUAAAUAUCACAAGUCCUUUAGUCCUGAUAUUGGAUUCACUUGACCAGUUGGAUCCUUCCUACAAUGCAAGAGUAAUGAGGUGGCUUCCGCCAUUGAUAGGCAAUCCUCAUGUAAAAGUAAUAGUAUCGACCUUAGAAGAUCAAAAGUAUGAAGUAUUUCCUAAUCUCAAGAGAAAAAUUCCAGCUGAAGGUUUUAUUCCAGUGUCAAAUAUUCCAAAAGCUGAUGUCAAAUUAAUUUUGAAGCACUGGUUGAAACGGAAACAACGAAGAUUGACGCAUGAACAGGAAGAUUUGCUUUAUAAAUCAUACGAUCAGUGUCCUGUUCCAUUGUAUCUGAAUCUGUGUUUUUUAAAAGCUUCUCAAUGGACUUCUUAUAUGAAUUUUUCAAGCAUUCAGUUGUAUCAGACCGUGAGGGAAGCUAUAAAUGGUCUAUUUGAAAAACUGGAGAAUCUUCAUGGAUAUAAUUUCGUGUCUAAAACUUUAGGAUGUAUAACUGCAGCAAAACUAGGACUGACUGAAACAGAAUUAGAAGACAUAUUGGCUUGUGAUGAUGAUGUGCUAAAUGAUGUGUAUGAGUAUUGGACACCACCUAUCAGAAGACUUCCCCCAUUACUACUGGUGCGACUCCGACAUGAUCUACAACAAUAUCUAGUUGACAGAGGAGCAGAUGGUGCUACUGUUAUCUACUGGUACCAUAGACAGUUUAUUGAGGCAGCACAGGAUAGAUAUUGUAGGGAAGAAACCUGUGAAAACCUUCAUACUGCUUUGGCAGACUACUUUUUAGGAACUUGGGCCAAUGGCAAUAAAAAGCCGUAUUUGAACAGAAGCAAUGAGAGUGGAUUAGCUGACAGAUAUGUUGUUGCCCAGCCAAUCAAAUAUGGCGACACAUACAAUUUAAGGAAGCUGAACAACCUUCCAUACCAUCUUACUAUGUCUAAAAGGGUUACACAAUUGAAGGAUGAAUGUCUAAUGAACUUAACAUUUAUAAAUACUAAACUAGAAUGUUCUUCUGUAAGGUCAGUGAUAGAAGAUUAUGAGAUUGCCAAAAAGAUGAUCAACGAUCAACAGUUAAACCUUAUUUUACAAGCUCUCCUUGUAUCAGGGGAAUCUAUUCUGCACGAUGAAAGCCAGUUCUCACAACAGAUGUUCCUUAGACUUAAAGAUAACAAGGAAUUACAGACCUUUACUGAUGCAUGUCUGCAGAGAGAUGUUACCUACAUGUGUCCUGAUAGUGAUGUAUUAGUGAAGGUUGGAGGACCAUUGGUUUAUACUUCAGGUGAACACGAACUUACUAUUCCGGGUGAGCAAUGGGUUGAUAUCAAGAAGAAUGGAAAGAUAGCUGUUACUGCUGCAUAUCAUGACCAUUCAUUAGGCCUGUGGGAUGUAAAGAAUUGUAGACUUGUCCGAAUUCUGGAGAAUAUAGUUGAUUAUCCAUUGUUUGUGUAUUUUGUCGCAGAUGAUUCUCUCAUUCUGAUUUAUUCAGAUGUAAGUGAUGAAUCACAUUAUUUGUCAGCAGUAACUGAAUUAGGAGAAAAAAAGUAUUCUAUUUCUACGGAUGAUUGGCUUGGUUACUGUAUCUGUGGUUCAAGUAAAGACAUACUGGUUGGAUUGAUGGCGAGUAAUGUAGUGAACCUUUAUGACACGAGAACUGGUAUAAUCAUUGAAGAGCUUUUUAAUCAAGAUUGUAACUUUCCAGAGAAUGCAUUUCCUUCAGGUUCAGAUAAUUAUGCCAUUUGUACAGAUUAUGAGAGAACCUCUAUAUUGGUCGUUGAUUUAGAAAAAAAGAAUGUCUACAGUUCAUCAACUAUCAAAUUUCCUUCAAGUAAAUAUGGAUCAAAUGAUGCAACCAUAGAUUAUGCUGCAGUUACAAAUGAUGGAAAAUAUGUUAUUGCAUCGAAUACAGACGAUAAGGUGCUUUACAUGUAUGAAAUGAAAACUUUCAAAUUUGUAAGGAAAUUCGAAGAUUAUUACAAGGAGCAACCCAACUUUUGUGAUCAGUUUUACAAGUUUUCUAUGGAUGGAAAAAAGUUGUAUACAUUUACAGACAAAAGCAUACUUGUGAUAGAUCUGGAAACUGGAAGCAGUCAACAACACAACUUACCCCAUAACGGGGCUAUCAGAUGCUGUGUUUCAAAUGACAUGACAACAUUCAUAACUGUUUCUAGUGAUACUUUCCUUAGAAUAUGGAAUAUCUCCAAGGCAACAUUUUCAGAAGAGAAUCAAUUAGAUAUUGGUAAAUCAACUGAGUAUUUUACGUUAUUGCCAAAUGAAAGAUAUGCUCUCACAUGUCCCAUGACGGAAUCAUAUGAAGAUAGAAUAAUGGUUGUUGAUACAGUCGAGAAAAAAAUUGUGUCUCAGGCAGUUCUGGAAACAGAGGAAAGUUUGAAGAGAGUCAUAAUUGUAAGUGAAAGUAAGGCAGUGAUGUGUUUUACCAAGGACAACAACAAAAACAAUAUACCACUAGACCUUCAUUUGAUAGAUUUAAUUUCAAUGACAGAGAAUCCGGUACAAGGUCAAAUGUUCAAAGAUUGCUACAAUAUAUUGAAAGUGAACCACAGAAAAGAAAUUAUGGUAUCGACUGGAAAGAAUGUGACGUUUUACAACACAGAGACACUAAAGGCAACUUAUGCAAUUGAGCUACCAGACUCUGAUAUUAGUGCUGCAGAAUAUAAAUCAAAUAUUGAUGGAACCAUGGUAGCCAUGUUUGUUAGUGUUCCGGAAGAUAACGAGACAAUUAUUGUGGUAGAUGUUGAAGCCAGGACAGUUGUAAAGGUGUUAGUAGAGGAAUUACGUCUGAAGUUUGGAUCAGACAUUGAUUUCUUGGUAUCGCCACAAUUAGUGCCAAAUAACAAGAGCUUCAUAGUCUUUUUGGGUCGAAAAGAUUCAUUAUUGAAUUAUUUUAUGUAUGAUAUAAAAGAAGAGAAGCUGUUACAUGAGCUUACAGAUUUCAAUAUCCGGGAGAAUUGUCGUCCGUUGAAUUGUAUUCUCAUUGAUGAUGAUAUUUUCAUGGCUGUUUAUGAGGAUAAACUUAUGCGUGUCUGGUCUACAAAAGAUGGUUCUCUGCUGAAAAGAGUCGCUGGACACAAUCCAAGAUUUUAUGGAUUUGCAUUAGAUUAUAUUUCUAUUCAUUACACUCCACAAUCGCCAUUUAUAUUGACUUUCGAAAGUGAUAUGACAACAACACUACAUCUCUGGGAUAAGAACUCAUUCCUGCAGUUAUCAUCACUUACCCUUGAUAAAAAGAUUGUUGGUAUCAAAUUAAAUAGUGAUGGUCUAUCGUUUGUGACCUAUAGUGAGGAUCCCAUUGUUAUUGUUCGAUGGACUAUAGAAGGAGCCAAUGUGAGGAAAAGUACUUUACCGAGGUAUCCUGCGAUAUUUAAAGUGAAUGACUCUGAACAGAUACCUACCUUGAAAUUCAGUCAUCAAAAGGAAAAGCCAGAAUGGUGACUUAUAAAGAUUGACAUAUAAGUAAAAGGACUUCAUUCAUUCAGUAUUAUUCAAAUAAUCAGCAAUCUGUAAUCUUAAGAAUUGCUGAAUCGACCUGAAUGAAACAUUUGACUCAGCAUGACUUUUUCAAACGCUUAUUUAGCAGAUUUAGAUUCAUAUAUUUGUUUUUAAAUUAUUUUUAUAUUUUACAGUUUAUUUAUAUUUAUAUUUAUUAUAUUUAUAUUUAUAUUUUACAGUUUAUUCUAACAUUUAUUCAUCAAUAAAAGAUAAAUAUAGUAUACCAUAUUAACAACAAAGUAAUAUAUAUAUAAAAUUGAAAAUGGAAAUGGGGAAUGAGUCAAAGAGACAACAUCGCGACCAAAGAGCAGAGACCAGCCCAAGGUCUUCAACACAGCGAGAAAAUCCCGCAUCGGGAUAUACACUUAAAGUAGAAAGAAAUACUAGUAAAUUUAAAAGUAUUAUGUUUUCAGAAUAUUUAAGAAUGGCUUCACUUCAGGGUCGUUUACACAGCAAGUUUAGACAAACUUUCUGUCUAAGACUCUAAACGUUAAAGACUUUUUGAAAUAUGUGUGUAAGACAUGGAGAUUAGAACGUCCUCUAGUCCACAUGUUUAUACAUGGCACAUUGAAUUAUCAGAGUUAAAGCUUACAUUUUAAUGUUUAAAUAAAUAUAACUUCCUCAAAAAAAACAUACAUGUUUUAAGACAAUGGAAACACAAAAAGUUUAGAGAUUUUUAAAGGUUGAACUAGAAAAAAUACUCUUUUGGCUUAAUAAAGUAGAUAAACCUUUGGAAUGACAAUUUACUCCCCAUUCAUCAGAAAACCCACAAAAGGAGUAACAAACCUAUCUUUUGUCUCUAUCUUAACUUCGACAAUUUAUAUAAUAAUACAAAAUGCUAAAAUCAAAUCUUCUUUUGAUUUAAAGUUUUGAUACGAUUAUUAAAUUUGGCAAAAUGUCUGUAAAUAAUAUGAGCAGGGGAACAUGCAGUGUAAAAUAACCAAACUCUGCAUUUCUUAAAUUUUCAUGUCUAAAUAUGCAGGUUUAAACAUGAUAAGCAGCCAUGAGUGAUUUACAGCUUACAUAUUUGUAUUUUGAAUAUUUUGUUUAGAAUGAAAAUGCAUAGUAACUAUAACCUAUAUUUUUAA